CGGGGAGGUGCGGGCCUGGAGGGGGAGGUGACUUGAUGUCAUCCUGAGCCGCUGGGCGGCGGGCGCCGGGGCGCAUAAAGCCGGGGCUCCCGCUGCGCCUGUGGGUCCCACGACUGGAGAGGAGGUCCCCGCGCUGCCCAGGCCAGCCCAGAGCCCGCCGAGCGCCCGCGCCCCGACCCGCCGCCGCUGCGCGGGGGGAUGCCCCGGCCCCCCCGGAGCCCGGGAGGGAACCCAGGAGCGCCGCCGCCCCGCACCCGGAGCGGAACCGCCGGGGAGGAGCUCUGAACGGCCGCCCCCUCCCCACCUGCAGCCCCUGAGGUCUGGGGCCCGAAGUCUGCGGUUCUUAGAAACCCAAGGUGGGAACCCCAACCGGACUCUCCGUGACCCCCAGGAAGAGCCUGAGGCCUGAACCAUCCUCCUCUCUACCCCGCCUGCCCCCCAGGACUGGGCAGUUGCCGAAGGCCCUGGGGGGGGGCCCAGGACUCUGUUUGUGCCCCCCCCCCCCCAGGAUGGGCCCAAGUUAGUCAGCCAAGCCUCUCCCAGCAUCUUCUAGGGCCAGCGGGAGCCCCAGGGUCCCUGAAGGCUUCACCGCUGCCUGGCUGUCAUGGAGACGAAGCUGCCCCCUGCGAGUACCCCCACCAGCCCCUCGUCCCCGGGGCUGUCACCUGUGCCCCCACCCGACAAGGUGGAUGGCUUCUCCCGCAGGUCCCUCCGCAGGGCCCGGCCCCGGCGGUCCCACAGUUCCUCCCAGUUCCGCUAUCAGAGCAACCAGCAGGAGCUCACUCCACUGCCCCUGCUCAAAGAUGUGCCGGCCUCAGAGCUGCACGAGCUGCUGAGCAGGAAGCUGGCCCAGUGUGGGGUGAUGUUUGACUUCUUGGACUGUGUGGCCGACCUGAAGGGGAAGGAGGUGAAGCGCGCAGCGCUCAAUGAGCUGGUGGAGUGUGUGGGGAGCACGCGGGGAGUCCUCAUUGAGCCUGUGUACCCAGACAUCAUCCGCAUGAUCUCAGUGAAUAUCUUCCGGACCCUGCCGCCCAGUGAGAACCCUGAAUUUGACCCUGAAGAGGAUGAGCCCAACCUUGAGCCUUCAUGGCCACAUCUGCAGCUGGUUUAUGAGUUUUUCCUGCGUUUCUUGGAGAGCCCAGACUUCCAGCCCUCCGUGGCCAAGAGAUAUGUGGAUCAAAAGUUUGUCCUGAUGCUUCUAGAACUAUUUGAUAGCGAGGACCCCCGGGAGCGUGAGUACCUCAAGACCAUCCUGCACCGGGUCUACGGCAAGUUCCUGGGGCUCCGGGCCUACAUCCGCAAACAGUGCAGCCAUAUCUUCCUCCGGUUCAUCUAUGAACUCGAGCACUUCAAUGGCGUGGCCGAGCUGCUGGAGAUCUUAGGAAGCAUCAUCAAUGGCUUUGCGCUGCCCCUGAAGACUGAGCACAAGCAGUUCCUGGUUCGGGUCCUGAUUCCCCUGCAUUCCGUGAAGUCGCUGUCGGUCUUUCACGCCCAGCUGGCAUACUGUGUGGUGCAGUUCCUGGAAAAGGAUGCCACCUUGACAGAGCAUGUGAUCCGGGGACUGCUCAAAUACUGGCCAAAAACCUGCACCCAGAAGGAGGUGAUGUUUCUGGGGGAGAUGGAAGAGAUUCUUGAUGUCAUCGAGCCCUCCCAGUUUGUGAAGAUCCAGGAACCCCUCUUCAAGCAGGUGGCUCGCUGUGUGUCCAGCCCCCAUUUCCAGGUUGCAGAGCGGGCUCUGUAUUUCUGGAACAACGAGUAUAUCCUGAGCCUCAUUGAGGACAACUGCCACACUGUGCUGCCUGCUGUGUUUGGGACCCUCUACCAGGUCUCCAAAGAGCACUGGAAUCAAACCAUCGUAUCUCUGAUCUACAAUGUGCUCAAGACCUUCAUGGAGAUGAAUGGGAAGCUGUUUGAUGAGCUCACAGCCUCCUACAAGCUGGAAAAACAGCAGGAGCAGCAGAAGGCCCAGGAGCGGCAGGAGCUGUGGCAAGGCCUGGAGGAGCUACGGCUACGCCGGUUACAGGGGACCCAGGGGACAAAAGAGGCCCCCCUCCAGCGCCUUACACCCCAGGUGGCCGCCAGUGGGGGUCAGAGCUAGAGAUGCCGUAGAAAGGGAGAACUAAACCCAGAGCUAUCAGUCCCUCUAUGCCCUCUCCUGCCCAGGGGCCCAGAGAGACACACACCUCCCCCUGGCCUUGCGGAGUGGGUUGGAGGGCUCCCUGCCUGGCCCAGCGUGGACCCUUUACUGUGGGGAGGAGAGGAGAGGAGAUGGUGGUCCUGGCAACAGAACUCUCAGGCCCUUGUGGCAGGACUUGACCAGGGCAAGCUUGACCAGGAAGCUGCCAUCAGGGAUCUCCCUGCCCCAAAAAGCUGGGCUCCAGACUGCAGGCAGGUUCCCACACCCUGCUCCCAGCCUAGGGCAAGAGGACUCAGCUCCUCGUGUACCCCACCUCGUGCCAGCGCGAGGUCUUCCUGCACCCCACCAUGGACCCAUGGUCUAUUUAUUCGCCCUGCUCACCCCCAACAGAUGCUGACCUGGGCCUAGGCAUCCUCCUCCCCUCCCCUCCCUCCCUCUGUACUUUCUUGUCCCCUUUUUAUUUAUUGGGCAGGGGGAGGGGUGAGGGCACAGGCAAAAGAGAUUCCCCAUGUCCUGGGGCGAGGUGGGGUCACAGUUACCAUGGUCUGUCCCCCUUCCCCUGGCUGGGGGUAGACUUAAUAAAGACAGAAACUCGA